AUGAGCUCUCGACAACCGUUAGGCUCUGGGCCCAACGCCAACAACCAUCAGAACAAUACUCAUCAAGGAUUGACGUUUGCAAAUUAUGGAUCGAGUGCAAAAACGAGGACGGAAUUGUUGGAGAAUCGGAAAAAACAAUAUGCGGAGGAAGCGUUGAAAGGUCAACCUACAUCACCCAAGUAUCAAAUGAAUCAUCAGCGAAGAAGUGUUUUUACGACUGGAGAAACGAUACGAAAUAUAGUACCACCAACACAAGAUAAAUUAUUUGAAAAUGCUUUUGUUCCAUUUACGCAUUUAAGAGAGGGUACUACAAUGCCCAAAACUAGUGUUUUACCUCAAUCACACAAUGAUGAACCAAAAUCACCAAAACGAUUGUUGGAUCGAAGUCCAAUUGUUGUCACACGAGAGAAAAAAAAACAUGUAACAGAAAAUAUCAAUAGGGCUAACGUUAAUGGUGUUGACAAGGGAGGAAACGCUUGUUCUUUUGGACAUGUGCCUUUGUCUGAUGUUAAAUAUUGGUAUUAUUUAUUUAACGAACGGUCAGCUUUGGAUGAUCCUAGUAUUCCAUUGUACAGCAGUUUUAAUAAGGAUAACAAAUUUAACCCACUCAAGGAAAAAAUUUUCCAAAAAUCAAGCGGUCAUGCAAGACAAUCUUCAUCUCCUGAAAAGAAAGGUUUUAAUGCAAGUGAUUACUUUACGAACCCUCAUCAUGCAAGAAGGACAACAUUUCCUUCAACAUUAAUGGUGAAUGGUGACACCAAAGACCUGUUUUCGCAACGCCACAAUUAUGGGUCAUCACGGCCACAAACACCACAAACGACCUCACAACCAAAUUCUCGACCGUCAUCAGCAUCUAUCACCUUAAGAAAAAAGCCAAACAGCGUCACACUUCCGGAACGACCAAUGAGUGCAAGAGUACCAAAGCCAAGUAUUGUCGCUGCAAAAGAAGAGCCUGUCGAAUACCCAGUCCACCAAGUGAACCAAGCAAGAUCCCAUUCCCCUGAGGAGCUUGAUUCCCCAUCCGUAUCUAGAAUUGAAGAGCUCUCUGACGUUGCAACGAAACCUAGUGGAACGUUUUCAAACUUCUUUUCUCCAGCAUUACCUUCGAAAACACAACGACCUUCAGCAACUUCGUAUGGUGUGAGGAAAGAAGCACCAAACAAUACCUUCUUUUCUACUUACUCGUCUGAGACCUCCUCUCGAUUAAGCUCAAGAAAUUCGUAUCAAGGAAAACCAAUAGACUCACCACCAUCAACAGUGGAACGAAAACGCCCUCAAUCUUCAUAUUCCCCUAAAAAACCAGCAUUUAGUUUAUCCAAAAGACCAUCGUCAGCUGUGUUGUCAUAA